GAAAAAGACACGCUAAGCAUGGAGCAGUAGCUACUUCAGACGCGACCUAUGCAGAGACAGGAAUACUACAAACAAGAAAGAAAGAAAGCAGGCAAAAAAUACAUAGGUUUUCCUGGAUGGUCUAUGGUCUUCCUAACUUAUGACUUUUCUUGAAUGUUUUAAUAUCGCUGUUACCCAAAUAAUUCAUUCAAAUGGGUAAUUAGCCACACGUUCUAUGCGUGGCGCCACAUAUUUUGGAAUUAAUUGUUUGUUAAGUUCUGCCAUUUGUACAAUUGGUGGGGAAAAUACUAAAAUAAUAAAAAGUAGUGAGUGUGCAAUCUCGCUUCCUACAUAGACUACCUUAGAGUCCGAAACGAAGAGAUAAGAAUUUCAGGGCUUUGUUGAGCAAGAACAUUGGACGGCGACUCCUCGUUCCCUGGAAAUUCAGAAGAGAAUUGCUUAAACUAGACAAAAUGAGCAGCGAUAAAAACAAGGUGGAGGACGAGGCUGUGCUGGACCGUGGAGCAUGCUUUGUCAAGCACGUCUGUGACGAGGAGGAGGUGGAAGGUCACCACGCCGUGUACAUCGGUGUGCACGUGCCCAAGAGCUACAGGCGACGACGACGUCACCGCAGAAAGUCCAGCCACAAGGAGAGGAAAGAGGCAGUCACCGAAAGCGUCUCCCACAAAUCCGAUGGGGAAAAUACCGACGAUGUCAGCACCAGCAUCCUCAAACCUCUUGUCUCCCCUGCCGCCGAGCGAAUCCGCUUCAUCCUGGGCGAGGAGGACGACGGCCCACCUCCCCCACAACUCUUCACCGAGCUGGACGAGCUGCUGGCGGUGGACGGGCAGGAGAUGGAGUGGAAGGAGACUGCAAGGUGGAUCAAAUUUGAAGAGAAGGUGGAGAAGGGCGGAGAGCGCUGGAGUAAACCGCACGUGGCCACGCUGUCCUUGCACAGCCUGUUUGAGCUGAGGACCUGCAUUGAGAAGGGCACCAUCAUACUGGACUUGGAGGCCUCUACCCUUCCGCAGGUGGUCGAGGUCAUCACUGACAGUCAGAUUGAAAACGGUCAGUUGAAGGCUGACCUGAAGGACAAGGUGACGUACACCUUGCUCAGGAAACAUCGCCACCAGACCAAGAAGUCCAACUUUCGCUCACUGGCAGACAUUGGCAAGACGGUCUCCAGUGCAAGUAGGCUGUUUUCCAACCCGGAUAAUGGCAGCCCAACGUCCACUCGUCGAAAUCUGACAUCAAACAGCUUGAGUGACUUCUCUGACAAGCCUGAAAAAGAUCAGCUGAAGAAUAAGUUCAUGAAGAAGCUGCCUCGUGACGCGGAGGCCUCCAAUGUCCUGGUGGGUGAAGUGGAUUUCCUGGACAGCCCUUUUGUGGCUUUCGUCCGCCUCCAGCAGGCCGUCAUGCUGGGGGCCUUGACCGAAGUCCCUGUUCCAACCAGAUUCUUGUUUGUGCUGCUCGGACCAAAAGGAAAAGCAAAGUCCUACCAUGAGAUAGGACGAGCCAUCGCCACCCUCAUGUCAGAUGAAGUUUUCCAUGACAUUGCAUACAAGGCUAAGAAUAGGCAGGACCUGCUUGCUGGCAUCGAAGAGUUUUUGGAUGAGGUCAUUGUCCUGCCCCCUGGAGAAUGGGACCCAGAGAUCCGGAUAGAGCCUCCAAAGUCCCUGCCUUCCCCGGACAAAAGGAAGAACAUGUACGCUGGAGGAGAAGGUUUGCAGAUGAACGGGGACGCACCUCAAGAUGGGGGCCAUGGAGGGGGGGGCCAUCACGUCAGUCAGGAGCUGCAGAGGACUGGAAGGUUUUGUGGUGGCCUCAUUCUGGACGUCAAGAGAAAGGCCCCUUUUUUCUUCAGUGACUUCUUGGAUGCACUACACAUUCAGUCCCUGUCGACAAUUAUGUUCAUUUACCUCGGAACGGUCACCAACGCCAUCACAUUCGGGGGUCUGCUGGGUGACGCAACAGAAAGUAUGCAGGGGGUGCUGGAGAGCUUUGUGGGCACUGCGAUCGCUGGAGCAGUCUUCUGCCUGCUUUCUGGCCAACCCCUCACCAUUCUCAGCAGUACCGGCCCUGUGCUCGUGUUCGAGAGGCUGCUCUUCAACUUCAGCAAGGACAACAGCUUUGACUACUUGGAGUUUAGGCUGUGGAUCGGCCUCUGGUCAGCAUUCUUCUGCCUAAUUCUAGUGGCAACGGAUGCCAGCUUCCUGGUCCAGUACUUCACCCGUUUCACUGAAGAGGGCUUCUCUGCCCUCAUCAGCUUCAUCUUUAUCUAUGAUGCCUUCAAGAAAAUGAUCAAGCUGGCCAGUCAUAACCCUAUCAACUCUGACUUCCACUUGGACGAUGUGACGCAGUACUACUGUCGCUGCAUGCCUCCCUCAUUCGGAAAUGAUUCGGCACUCGACAGUGGCUUAUUAGAGUCCAACUGGACGACAAACUCUACAGAUCUGCCCAUGAAUGCCACCUGGUCGUCACUGACUAUGACGCAGUGUACGGAGUAUGGAGGACAGCUGGUAGGAGAGGCCUGUGGCUUUGUCCCUGACAUUACCCUGACGUCGUUCAUCCUGUUCCUGGGCACCUACACCUGCUCCAUGUGUCUGAAGAAGUUCAAGACAAGCCGCUUCUUCCCCACCACCGUGAGGAAACUGAUCAGUGAUUUUGCCAUCAUCUUGGCCAUUUUGGUCUUCUGUGGCGUGGAUGCACUAGUGGGAGUGGACACACCUAAGCUUCUUGUGCCAAGUGAAUUCAAGCCUACAAGCCCGCACAGAGGCUGGUUUGUCCCCCCCUUCGGAGGGAACCCCUGGUGGGUGUACCUGGCCUCAGCUCUCCCCGCCCUGCUGGUGACCAUCCUGGUCUUCAUGGAUCAGCAGAUCACCGCCGUCAUCGUCAACAGGAAGGAGCACAAGCUCAAGAAAGGUGCUGGCUACCACCUGGACCUGUUCCUGGUUGCCAUUCUCAUGGUCAUCUGCUCCUUCAUGGGGCUGCCCUGGUACGUGGCUGCCACGGUCAUCUCCAUCGCCCACAUCGACAGUCUGAAGAUGGAGACGGAGACGGCGGCUCCCGGGGAGCAGCCCAAGUUCUUAGGAGUGAGGGAGCAAAGGGUCACAGGGAUCUUUGUCUUCCUCCUCACUGGACUGUCUGUUUUCAUGGCUCCAGUUCUUAAGUUCAUCCCCAUGCCUGUACUGUAUGGAGUUUUUCUUUACAUGGGGGUGGCCUCACUGAAUGGUGUCCAGUUUCUGGACCGUCUGAAGCUGCUCCUCAUGCCACCCAAGCACCAGCCAGACCUGAUCUACCUGCGACACGUGCCCCUGCGCAGGGUGCACCUCUUCACCUUCAUCCAGGUGCUCUGCCUGGCUCUCCUCUGGAUCCUCAAAUCCACUGUGGCUGCCAUCAUCUUCCCCGUCAUGAUCUUAGCCCUGGUGGCAGUGAGGAAGGCCAUGGACUACCUCUUCUCCCAGCAUGACCUCAGCUACCUGGACGAUGUCAUUCCUGAGAAGGACAAGAAGAAGAAGGAGGAUGAGAAGAAGAAGAAGAAGAAAGGCAGCAUAGACAGUGAAAAUGAAUAUACGGGCUUUCCCUACCACGGAACUAUUCCCAGUAUUAAAAUCCCCAUGGACAUGAUGGAACAGGAGCCGUUCUUAGGCAGUAAAACCUCUUCCAGGGAUACGCCGCCAUCCUACUUUGACCAGCACACUUCCUGCUGAGCGGCCAAACCGUCUCCAGGCUGGUACUGUGACUAGUCUUGAGAGACAUCCAGGGAAAGCUGUGCCUCAGACUACGAUUGACCUGGAGCAGGAAAAUUGAUUUUUUUCGGGAGAGGCAGAGGGACCCAGACAUUUCUUAGUUGUCCUACUGAACUGAAGAAGACCUUGCACAACCAAAAGCCACCUGCCCAUAACCAUCUCUCCCUUUUUUUCCUCAUUCCUGCUUAACAAUGGAAGGAAUCUCUAUCACAAAAUGCAGACAAACCUGAAUCAGAGGGAACAAUGAAGGACUUUAUCCCCUCGCUGCUGCUGUCCUGAUGAGAGCAAACUUGCCGUCAACAGAACAACAUUUGGACAUACUUUUUGGCUUCUUCAGAAGAUACCAUGACUCAUGUACACCAAGUGGAAAUGUGAAAAUGUCUUUCUUUCUCUGUGUAGCCACUCGGGCAUGGAUGAUACUGUCACUCACAAGUACUUCAGUUUCUUUUGCAAUGUCUCAGGCAUUUUCUACUGGAGUGUGAUGAUUUUAACCUUCAAUACAUACUGUAUGGCAAUUGGUUUAUGGCCUGAUAUGCUCUUUUUUUAAACUGUAUAAUCAAUUAUCCAAUUUAACUUUAAUUUUGUAGCUCUACCUCUUGAUUUUUAGAUGAGACAUUUUAUAUAUAUGUACACAAUUUGUAUGUUUUUGUUUAUGUUAAGGGCACAACAUUUUUCAUUGUGUUCUGUACUAUUGGAGAUAAUGCAAUACAUGAACAGGCAUUGUUUGUGGCUGAUACUUGUCUAUGUUUUAAUACAGUUAAGGUUUAGUAAUGACAAUAUUUUGGGCCUAAAUUGGAAAUUUUAUAUCAGUACUCAAAUCAUUGAUUUUGGUGCAGAGUUCACAAACAGCAUUCAGUAUUAGGUGUGAAACGCAAGCAAUUAUGGUCUACAAAGGUUAUUCCACCAUUAACUGUGCUGUGAGAAAGAUGGUAGAACUUUCAAAUGAUGUUAUGUUGUGAAGACCUGAAAUCCUAUAAUUUAAUAUUUACUGUAUAUAUGAAAAUCCAUUUGCAAGAUUUGAUGCAUAUAUAAAGGGCUAUUCAGUUUGUCUUAAUUUGAGCUAAUCUGGUAUAAUUUCAUUGGAUUUACAAACAUUUCAAUACAUAAAGUUGGCAAACUGUGAAGAACAAUUUAAACGUUGAUUUUAUGAAAUAUUAAGCAUACCACCAGACCGAUUGUUGAACUCUCCGCCCAAAUGUGGAUGCGAUGCGUCAAAUCUACUUGGGCAGAUGGAUUUUCUUGGACUAUGUAAUGUUCUUUACCUAAGUGGCUUAAGCAUUUUAUCCAGUUGUAGCAUUGAUCCAAUAUGUUUAAAAUGGGUUUUGUUAAAUGUAGUUCAAUUCAGUCUUGAUUUUUAUUUUAUUUUUUAUUUUUUUACAUAUGCAAAAUCCAUACCAAUGGAGGAAACAACUUUAUUUUGAGGCAUUGGUAUUUGUUUCAAUUCAAAAUGCUGUAAUUUAAAUUCAUAAUGGUAAAACUUGACUUGAAGUACAUUAAAUCAUGCCUGCACAAUGGUUGACACAAACUUUCAGAAAUGUUAAUAUAUAAUUGUAUUUAUCAGCUCAGUCUUGGAUUUAGUUGAGACAGUUUGUCAAGUUUUUAAUACCUAGAAAGGUGUAAGUGAAGCAUUGCAGAUUAGAUGUUAUGUAAGCAUAUUUUGUGUACAUCAAGAAGAGUUGCCUUAUUAGGAAGUAUAUUUUAUAUAGCAAUUCAGUAUAUAGCAAUUCAAAUUAUUGAAAGUCUUCCACUACUGAAUAUUUGUCCCGGGGGACAAAAAAAAGCUGUCUGUAUGUCUUAAUAUGAAUCCUAAGUGUUCAGUCUGUUCUUCUCCAGGUUUCAUGCAGUUCUCGUUCAGAAGGCUGGAGUAUUAUAUGCAAUUGUCUUAGCUGUUACUUCACUUGCUUCCACAAGCAAACUGUAUUUUGAGAAUGAAGUUAUCUAUAUACAUAAUUUAAAUCGUAUUUGGAAAGAAUUGUAGAAGAUAAACAAAUGCAGUAAGUACAUCAAUUUCCUGGGCAUAUUUUGAUGCGUAGAAUUGUUAUAUUAAUGUUGGUACCUUUGCCAAUGUAGGCAAGAUGAUGUAUUUUAGCAUUUGUAUUUUAAACAUGCAUAUAUUAAUAAAUGGUCCAAGGAA